AUGCUUGGAACUCUGGUGGUGGGUCUACACAGACGCGACGCUGGCAACGAGCCCGUGAUGAUACUCCUCGUGAAGAGGAACGUGAGCUUCGUGAUGACGGGGUGCAUGCUUCUCGUGGUGGCUGGGGAACUUCUGACUACAGCGAGGAAUGGCCGCGACGCCGGGACCGUCGUGAUGAUCGUGGUGCAGAUGCUUGGCAGUCUGGUUGGGAUGUGGCCUAUUGGUGGGUGCCUGCUGAAUCAGGAUGGGGUGAUGGACAUGGACAUCCUGCUCGUGAUCCUCCUGGUGGUGGUGGUACCUCUUCUUCGUCUUCGGCAACACGUGGAUGGAGAUGGGAUGGCUCGGGGCGUGAGCGGGCACAUGGUUUCUGGGUGCCUGCUGGUUCUGGAUGGCGUGGAAAUGGUGCACGAAUGGAUGGUGCUUUAUACCCUGAUCGUCAUGGACAUCCUGCACGUGAUCCCCCUGCUGGUGGUGGUACCUCUUCCUCGUCUUCGGCAACCAGUGGGUGGAGACGGGAUAGCUCGGGUCGUGAGAGACCACAUGGUUUCUGGCGCGCUGGUCGUUGGAUCCCGAGGCAACGUACUGACUCUGAAGAGCGGCUACACCGUGGAGGCCAGGGCCCUGUUCGUCUUGAGAGGCGACAAAAACGGGUGGAUGCUUGGGAAGACGGAAGCUUUCGCCCCGCAGCCUUCCGUCGUGAACUUCGACUACAAAUGCAGAAUCUACUACGAACUGCUGCUGCUGCUGAAGAUCGUCGUGUACCUGUUCCUGUACCUCCUGGAGAUCAUCGAGGAAUUCAUGCUGCCCCUGAUGAACAUCGUGGACAUCAUCCAGUUCGUGCCGCUGCAAUGGACGUCGCAAGACUGGGAAGACUGGGAGAGAUGGAGCAAUUCUCUCCUUGUGACAAACUGGGUGGAACCGGGAAUGCCGUCUUGGGAGUUUAUUCCGGGUGGCCCUGAUGAAGAUGAUGAUAGUGGUUCCUUCAUGCAGCUGACGAACGUCGAGGAGAAUGUGCUGCAUGACAUGGAUGUACCCGACACAGUACGCCGGUGUGUGCGUGACAUGCUGCGGACGCUGGAACAACAUCAGGCUGGGGAUGUCGGUGCUGAGUUCAGGCUCGAGUGGAUGGACCACUACCUUAUUUCCCUGUGCUACGUACUCCCAGGGAGAUGGCACAACAUGAACGAUGUGUGGCUUUCAACAGGCAAUGGACUGCGGUUAUACUUCCACUCUUGGAGCACUUUGUGGACGUGGCCAUGGUACAAGGAUGUCCUGCGGAAGAUCGCGAUGCCACUACAACAGGUGCUACCACUACGGGAGGAAGCUCUGGAAGCCAGCCUGGAGGAUCGGCUCGUGAACGUUCUCGUUCCCGUGAUGGGGUGCCCGUGUCAGUCGAAUCUUCGUCAGCAUCCUCGUCGCCUUCCUCACGACCGAGAACCCGCCGUGCAAUGCGGCGUAGUGGGGUGUCCACUGCCGUGGGGUCCCGAGACACACCUGGCUCGGACGCUCACUGGCUUGGGUGUACGCCGACAGACGGUGCAAGCUCUUGGCAACUUCCUUGAAACACUUGCGCAGUGUGCUGCUGGUUCGGGCGCUGGAGAUUUGGAAGCUGCUACGGUCCAAUGGUGUCUUCAUGCUGUGGAGCUGUCGAUGCAGCAUGCCAUCUCUAUGCAAGAGGAAAUACAGGUCGUUUUGACUCGUCGUCUUCGCCGUGAGGGUGGACCCCUUCCUUUGCCCACUGAGGCCCAGAGGGGUGCAGCUGUGCAAGCUGGACACGAAGCAGUUGUCGGAAUGGCGCGUGGCUACCUUCUUGAGUUACAUGAACGGCUUUCUGACUGCUGGUUGAACCCUGAAGCUCUCCCUGAACAUCUUCGGGGUGUUCCCGUGACGAGUGAUGAAGGCAGUCGUGACAGGUCGCGAAGUCCUCGUUCUGGGCGUGGAGAUGGUGCUUCUCUGGCGGAUGAAAACACCGUGGAUGAUACUGUUGCUAUUCGGGGGCGUUCUGGUGGUGAAGUACGUGACCUCCCUGGUGGUAGUGAGGAUGUGUCCUUGAUGCAGAACCUCAACAUUGUGGAGGCCCAGAACUUGGAUGAUGAUAUGGUUGGUGGUCACUGCAUACAUGCUCUGGGCACACUGUUGGCUCGCUUUCGUGAACUUCGUGCAGCUGCCUGUGGAUCUGACGAUGUCAACUGGUACGUGGGUGUGCUUGCUGAAAACCUUCGUGUGGCCAUUGGAGCUUUGCGCGGACGUGAACCGGUCUGUGAGUCGGAUGGUGAUGGUGGUGCUGUCUCUUCCCAGGGUGUGAUGGAUGUGGGUGUGAACGAUAAUGGAAGCGAACGGGCACAAAUCACGACAACGGUGAUUCCACUGUUCGACAUCUGGACAUUUCCUCAGACGGACUAUUCCCUGCAGACAUGGGUGAAUCGCCUUUCCAACAACAUCGCCGAAGGGAGGAAUGCGGACACUCUUGCGGAGCUAGACCUCAUGAAGGAAUUCUACGCGCGGUAUGCCUACGGUCCGUACAGAGCCUGUUUGGGCACCGCCUUCACGAACUCAGCAGGCGUGACGGACUUCACGUGCACUACGGACACCACGGGCAUCGCAGCCUCCGUGGCAGCUUGGGAUGCUGGGAGAGCAGGUCCGCCCCGGCUCUCGUCUUCGUUGAUCGUGCACACUGCUACCUUCAUGGUUGAUGUCAACAUGCACUCGCCGAACCAGGUCGAGGCCGCAUUCAACAUGAGCACGAUGCUCUUCAUCAUUCUUAUCAUGGUUUUCUGCGGUUUGGCUUUGUCCAGCGUGGUGACGGACCUGGCUGUGCGUCCGUUGGAGCGGAUGUUGGGCACCGUGCGAAAGAUUGCGUCCACGGUGUUCAAGUUCAGCGCCGAGGUGACGGCAGAAACGAACGACGAAGAGGUGACAGACAUCGACAGCUCCAAUGAGAUGAAGCUCUUAGAAAAGGUCGUCCAAAAGCUGGCCAUCAUUGCCGACCUGCAGACAUCCAGAAAUGUGCCAGACAAGACAGAGGACAUGAGGGAUGAAGACCUUGGCAUCCUGUCGAUGAUGCACGGUGCCAACAUUGCUGAAAAGAAGGGGAGAACCACAAGGAGGAUAUCGGGAUCGGCCGGCACCACAGGCCAGAGGAAGAAGGCAAUCGGGAUGCCUUCCGUGCGCUUGGAGGACUUCGGAGUUUCCCAGGAGGUGUUUGCGUCAUGGAACUUCAAUGCCCUGAGUCUUUCGAAGAACCAGCGGGUGAACUUGGCAGUGUACACUGUCUCCAAGUUCCACGACGAUGGAGAUGGCUUCGUGAAUACUGGAGACGAGGUCGGCAUGUUUCAGAGAUUUGCCACUGCCGUGGAAAAGGAGUACUUGCCGGUACCUUUCCACAGCUUCGCACAUGCCGUGGAUGUCUUGCACGGAGUGUCGCGGGUUCUCCGGAGCAUCUCUUCCGGGAGCUACCUCUCGGAGCUCGAAGAGUUUUCGCUUCUUAUUGCUGCCAUUGGCCACGACAUCGGCCAUCCAGGUGUGAACAACGGCUUUCUCUCGGAAGUUGGCCAUGAGCUGGCGAUGCAGUACAACGACCGCUCUCCUCUCGAGAACAUGCACUGUGCCAAGCUGUACACGAUCACAGGCAAGCCCGAGACAAACGUCUUCUACCACCUGUCCAAGGAGCAGUACAAGGAGGUUCGCAAGAACUGUAUCGAGACCAUCCUUCACACAGACAUGAUGGCCCAUCAGGCGAUGGUGAAGGACCUCCAGAUGCUCUUCCAGAUGAACACCGAGGUCUUCACAGCCGAGCCGGAGAGUGAUGACAAGGGGCAGAUGAUCAUCAGCCCGGCAGAAGUGGAAAUCUUCUCCGACAACGACACGAAGACCAAGGUGCUGAACUGUGUUCUGCACUCUGCAGAUGUGUCGAACCCCUGCAAAGGGUGGGAGGUUACCCACGACUGGGCCAUGGUCUGCUUGGAGGAGUUCUUCGCUCAGGGCGACCAGGAGAAGGUUUUGGGCAUCCCUGUUCAGUUCUUGAACGACCGUGACAAGCUCAACAAGCCAAACUCGCAGAUAGGCUUUAUCGAGUUUAUGAUCUCACCUUUCUUCGUUGCGCAAAUUCGGUUGUGGCCGAACUUGCAUGAGAUGGGUAGCAACCUGGCGCAGAACAUUACCAAUUGGCAGGACAUGUGGGAGAAAGAGGUCAAUCCUGCAGAGGAAGAGAAAUCCAAGGUGAAGGGGCGCGUAGACAAAGUCACACGAGGCAUCAGCGAGGCAAUUGCGCGAACACCGCUUUGA